CAUCAUCAUGAUAUGAAGUAUCCAAGGUACUCAUCGACGAGUUUGCAACGUUUGUCAAGAAUGCAUGUUCGCAUACAUCCUUAGACAUGUAUAAAUAUGCUAUCCCCUCCUCCUGUCGUCUUCGUAUGUUCAAGCUGAAGAGAGAUAGUAUCGCCAUCCAUCGUGGGAACUACAAACAGAUAUCAACUGGACCCGAACUCACACAUUCUCUCAAAAUGGCCAGCCUUUAUCAGCAGACGAUCCCUGUCUUCAUCAAGUACUUGAAAGCCAUGGAUGGCAUUCUGGUCAAGGGCGAAAAGUACGCCGAUGAGAAUGAAGUCAAGCACGAUGACAUGAUCAAUUAUCGUAUCGUUCCAGACAUGAGAGGACUUGCAUACCAAGUCCAAUCAUGCUCCAACACAGCCAGGUUCGUCCUGUCGCGCGUGGGCAAGAUCCCGCACGUGGCGAUGGAGGACAACGAGACGACGUUUGCCGAGCUGCGGGAGCGCGUCGCCCGAACCAUCAAGAUCCUCGAGGAGUUCGACCCAAAGGCGCUCGACCGGCCCGGGGACGAGGCGUUGGUCAUGGAGACCAGGGCCGGCAAGUUUAGCUUCACGUGCCAGACCUACAUCAGCGAGUUUGCCAUUCCAAACUUUCACUUCCACCUGUCCACUGCGUACUGCAUCCUGCGCGGGCAAAAGGUGCCGUUGGAGGCUUGGGAUUACCUGAGGGAUGUGUUCCACAAGGUACCGGAUGCGGAGGAGGAAAAGUAGAAAAAAAAAAAAAAAGAAUAGGGAGCGAUGGUCAACGCCACUCUAGAGAUGCAAGUGUAUGGUACAGAUGAGAGAAAUAAUGUCGAUGAGGGGCGCUGGUGGUGGUGUUGUAUUGAACAGUGAUGAAUACUUCCUAUGCUACUGUUGUUGUUUGCUUACCUACUCGUACCUAAUCUGCCCAAGGUACUGGAGGCCCAGUCCUACUUAGAUAUCCCGUUUGUUGUUGCUGCCAGGCUGAGGGACUUGAAACACGAACCACAACUCAAGUUUGACUGGCCUGUCUGUCACCUACCUAAGCCCACAGCCAUGUCAUUACUCGA